GGGUCUCAGCGAGCCUCGGCCAAUGGUGGCCGCUCAUGGCCCCUGGGGGCGGGGCUAAGCCUUCCCUCACAAGGGGCCUGUGGUCAACGCGAUUUGCCUCCAAGGGACGGCCACCAGUCGGCACAGGAAAGGGGCAGAGGCAGUGAGUUCAGCGUGUGGACGAGGGUCAACAAGUUUGGGAUCAAGCGGCUGCCGCUCCUCCAAAAGCGACCGAAGCGCGAGCAGAUUCCCCCUCCGAGCCAGUGUAGUAAACACACUUCAGAAACGUGAGGUGCCGGUGGUCACGAGGGGAGCGCGCCCUCCAAUGAGGAGCCGGGGGCGGGGCCGAGGCCGCUGACGCGGCGGCGGCGGCAGAGUCACCCGGGCAGCCUCGGGACCGGUCACCGGCCGGCAACCGUCCAGCGGCCUCGACCACCGCCUCUAGCCUCCGUUCCCGGUCCUUUCUCCCGGGCCGAGAGACAGCGUCGCCGACAGGGGCUCAUUCCCCUCCGGUUCUCCUCGGUGACUCACCUCGGGCGGGCCGUUUUGUCUUUAGGGGCCGCCUUGGUGGGGCGAGGUUUCCGUGACGAAUCUCCUGGGGCCGUCCGUGCCGGCUCGGGCCGUCGUGGCGGCUCGAGCUCCUGGAACUAGCUCAGGCUCCGGAGGUCCGAGGCCCUCGAAGUUAUGCGUCGCCUCCAGGCGGUUGCGGCGGGCGCGGGCUCCUAAAGGGCGUCACACCCGGACUCCGCCGACUAGGCAACCUCCAUUCAUCUUCCCACUGCGCCUCCAGCGCCCCCGCCUUCUCCGGUCCCCUCCUCGGAGUCAUUUUUUCCUGUCCCCCCUCUGCCGCCCUUUCCUUACUCCCCGGGUGAGGCAAUUCUCUUGGAAGCGAAGGUGUCGGCUAUGAGCCGGAGCCUCCUUCCUUGAAUUUCUCCGUGGAGGACCCGCCGCGCCCCCCGGCAUGGGGGUGAACGCCGUGCACUGGUUCCGAAAGGGGCUCCGGCUCCACGACAACCCCGCCCUGAAGGAGUGCAUUCAGGGCGCCGACACCAUCCGCUGCGUCUACAUCCUGGACCCCUGGUUCGCCGGCUCCUCCAAUGUGGGCAUCAACAGGUGGCGAUUUUUGCUUCAGUGUCUUGAGGAUCUUGAUGCCAAUCUACGAAAAUUAAACUCCCGUCUGUUUGUGAUUCGUGGACAACCAGCAGAUGUGUUUCCCAGGCUUUUCAAGGAAUGGAACAUUACUAAACUUUCAAUUGAGUAUGAUUCUGAGCCCUUUGGAAAGGAACGAGACGCAGCUAUUAAGAAACUGGCAACUGAAGCUGGAGUAGAAGUCAUUGUAAGAAUUUCACAUACAUUAUAUGACCUAGACAAGAUCAUAGAACUCAAUGGUGGACAACCGCCUCUAACUUAUAAAAGAUUCCAGACUCUCAUCAGCAAAAUGGAACCACUAGAGAUACCAGUAGAGACAAUUACUUCAGAAGUGAUAGAAAAGUGCACAACUCCUCUGUCUGAUGACCAUGAUGAGAAAUAUGGAGUCCCUUCACUGGAAGAGCUAGGUUUCGAUACAGAUGGCUUAUCCUCUGCAGUGUGGCCAGGCGGAGAAACUGAAGCACUUACUCGUUUGGAAAGGCAUUUGGAAAGAAAAGCUUGGGUGGCAAAUUUUGAAAGACCUCGAAUGAAUGCGAAUUCUCUGCUUGCAAGCCCUACUGGACUUAGUCCUUAUCUCCGAUUUGGUUGUUUGUCAUGUCGACUGUUUUACUUCAAACUAACAGAUCUCUACAAAAAGGUAAAGAAGAACAGUUCCCCUCCCCUUUCCCUUUAUGGGCAACUGUUAUGGCGUGAAUUUUUCUAUACAGCAGCAACAAAUAAUCCACGCUUUGAUAAAAUGGAAGGAAACCCUAUCUGUGUUCAGAUUCCUUGGGAUAAAAAUCCUGAGGCUUUAGCCAAAUGGGCGGAAGGCCGGACAGGCUUUCCAUGGAUUGAUGCCAUCAUGACACAGCUUCGUCAGGAGGGUUGGAUUCAUCAUCUAGCCAGGCAUGCAGUUGCUUGCUUCCUGACACGAGGGGACCUGUGGAUUAGUUGGGAAGAAGGAAUGAAGGUAUUUGAAGAAUUAUUGCUUGAUGCAGAUUGGAGCAUAAAUGCUGGAAGUUGGAUGUGGCUGUCUUGUAGUUCCUUUUUUCAACAGUUUUUUCACUGCUAUUGCCCUGUUGGUUUUGGUAGGAGAACAGAUCCCAAUGGAGACUAUAUCAGGCGUUAUUUGCCUGUCCUAAGAGGCUUCCCUGCAAAAUAUAUCUAUGAUCCCUGGAAUGCACCAGAAGGUAUCCAAAAGGUAGCCAAAUGUUUGAUAGGAGUUAAUUAUCCUAAACCAAUGGUGAACCAUGCUGAGGCAAGCCGUUUGAAUAUCGAAAGGAUGAAACAGAUCUAUCAGCAGCUUUCACGAUAUAGAGGACUAGGUCUUCUAGCAUCAGUACCUUCUAAUCCUAAUGGGAAUGGAGGCUUCAUGGGAUAUUCUGCAGAAAAUAUCCCAGGUUGUAGCAGCAGUGGAAGUUGCUCUCAAGGGAGUGGUAUUUUACACUAUGCUCAUGGCGACAGUCAGCAAACUCACCUGUUGAAGCAAGGUAAGAAUGAAGCAUUGGAGCAUACUGUUCUUUUUCCUUUUCCUAUCUUAAACAUACAUUUUUUAAAUGUGCAGGAAGAAGCUCUGUGGGCACUGGUCUCAGUGGUGGGAAACGUCCUAGUCAGGAAGAGGACACACAGAGUAUUGGUCCUAAAGUCCAGAGACAGAGCACUAAUUAGAAAACAUUCAGGAGGAAUACUGUUGCAGCUGAAAUUGGUGGGGAGUUCAAUACUUUUCAAUUAAGUUAUUUAAAAAUAUUCUUCAUUGAUGGAAAGCAGUUACAUAUUGAAAUAUGUUGUUUCUAAUGACAUUUCUGUGGUUUUUAACUUUUUAAUGAAUUUCACAGAGGACAAUUGGUAAUUUGUAUAUAAAGAACUUGGCAAGAGAAUUUGCUUAAUGUAAAUAUAAACAGUCACAAUUAGUAUAGACCCAUCGAUAUAUUUUUGAUAAUUUUUCAUGUAUGGUAAAGUUAAAAUGACAAAUUGAUAUUCUGAUAUAAAACUCAAAGUUUUGAAGUCAGUGGGAAAAAAGGAGGUUUUUAGACUUUCUUAAAAGACAUUGUUAAAAUUUUAGGACAGAAUUUUCUUGAUGUUGUUUGAUCUAACUUUGCACUCUUUGAUAAUAAUGUUUUAGAUAAUGUGCGUAAUCCAAAUUGGUAUUGUAGCCUCUGUUAACACAGACAGUAUAUGUUUUAAACUUUGAUGUAAACCUUUUUAGACCCAAACUUGUGGAAGUAUCAUGUGUUAAGUUCUCUGUCUCUGUUUCUUUGUUCAUUUAUUACUAAAAUGAACUUAUUAUUAAAGUAUAUGCAAAUAUGAAA